CACGGACAUCUGCGGUUGUGCUCCUCAGACGGAUCCGUGCAGGGAGAUCUCACACAUCCCCUGAUAAGAAGCGGACUGCAUUCCACUACAUAUGCGCGCAAAUGGAGAAUUAAUCUGCAAAUGGAUUACCGGCGCUCGUAUUUUCCCAGAGCCACGUUUCGAUUCUGCAGGCUGAUGAAUGAAAAUCGGAGCUCCAGAACAGAAAUCAGGACCCGGCCUUGCCUCUAUACAGUGCAGCUGAUGCUGUGGACACGAGUGUAAGGAAAGAAAACACAACCGAACCAGAGGAAGUUCUGCUGAUUACCAGAUGAGGCAGGUGCCACUUUGAUCCGCAUCCUCCCCACACAGACCAGAGGAAAUGGUCCCCGGGGCUCCCAGCGCGACCACCACCAUGCUCCCUGCCUCCGAGGCUGCCAAAAUCUACCAAACCAACUACGUCCGGAACUCCAGGGCCAUCGGCGUCCUGUGGGCCAUCUUCACCAUCCUUUUCGCCAUCGUUAACGUGGUGUGCUUCAUCCAGCCCUACUGGAUCGGAGACGGUGCGGACACCCCGCAGGUGGGCUACUUCGGUCUGUUCCACUACUGCAUCGGAAAUGGACUGUCCCGGGACUUGACCUGUCAGGGCAGCUUCGCCGAGUUCAGCAGCAUCCCCUCCGGUGCGUUCAAGGCUGCCUCGGUCUUCAUCGGCAUGUCCAUGUCUCUAGUCCUUACGUGCAUCGGCUGCUUCGCGCUUUUCUUCUUCUGCAGCACCGGUACGGUGUACAAGAUCUGCGGCUGGAUGCAGCUGGCUGCAGGUACAUGUCUGAUUCUGGGCUGCAUGAUCUACCCUGAUGGCUGGGACAGCGACGAGGUGAAACGGAUGUGUGGUGAGCAGACGGAUAAAUACACGCUGGGUGCCUGUUCGGUACGCUGGGCCUACAUACUGGCCAUCAUGGGCAUCAUGGACUCUCUCAUCCUCUCCUUCCUGGCCUUCGUUCUGGGAAACCGCCAAGACAAUCUGAUGUCUGAGGAGCUGCUGGGAGACAAGACUGGAAACAAUGUGAUUUAACUUCUGGAGAUGGAGAAGCAGUCACACACGCUGGCAGGUCUUACAGCCCAGAUGUGAUGUCACUUCAGGAUCCAGCUUCCAUCUCCUGGUCCACCUGGUGGCUGGACUACUGAGCUGAAGCGUUUGGAAGUCAUCGGAACGGAAAAACAAGAACAGGAGACAAAAGUGGACGCUUUCCUUCCAGGAGGCCUUUAGUUCUCUCUGAAAACUCCGUCUGUAAAAUAAUCUUCAUACUCACCCAAAACUGUGUUUCUUCCUCACUCGUCAUCAUUUUAACAACGAAGGAUGUUGGUGUGUAUAGGUUCAGCUGGAAAAAAAUAAAACAAAACACGUGCUAAAGCAGAAUCCAGGACAAUAACAACAGAAGGAUCUCACCGUUGACGGGACGUAGACCGAACAGGCUUGAGGUGAAAAACUCUUUCCCAGAAAACUGGACCAGGUCGGAUCAGUCGGACAGAACGGUGCUUUGUGGUUAUGAUUCAGUGUUUGGUGUGAUAAAAUAAAAAGGUAGUUAUUAGAGCUCAUUUUGUUAAAAGUAACGAUGAACGUGCAUCGUUUCUAUUCUAGCUGUUAAGAUCAACGUUGAUGGGACUCAUCUCUAGUUUUAAGUGUUUUCUCUCAAACGUCCACUCUUCCAUUAUUUCUAUGUGCCAUAGAGUUAAAUGUGUGGAAAAUACUGUAAAUACCUGGAGGGAUGUACGGGCAGAGGAGGCGAGUAAGCGUGAGUCGUUCUUCAGUCAAAAAAUGUGGUUUUAAAAAUAAAUUAUUCAGUUUAGAAAAUAAUCCUGAAACCACAUAAGUUUUAUUUUUAAAAAAAAUUUGUUCCACGCAGAAUGUUCAGACUGAUGGCACUAGUGAUUAUCUUUAUUCUUAAUACCCAAAUUAUAUAUAUUUUUAUUUCAUAAUUAACCAGUGGAUUUGGCAAGACCCCUUAUGUCUCAAAGCAAACCGGUCAUUCAUUUUUUAUUUUUACCUAGAAAUAAACAGACAUGCAUAUAAUUUUAAAUCACUAUUUAAAAUAAAACAUUAGCAUUAUACAAUAGUUAUGUCAAUAUUUUUUCUCCAUAGAUAUGUUUACUGAAAUGCAUGCAACUCACUGCUGCAGAUUUAGAUGCACUUCGUGGUUUGUUUUAUUAACGUAAUAACGUUGGAAUAAGAUAUUUUUUAUCUACUUCAAGUCAUAAAAUUGCAGUUAAAAAAUAUUACAUUAACUGUAAGUCUGGUUUAUUAAAAAUGAUGAUAGAAUGACGUUAGGAGAGCUUUUAAAAGAAAAACAGGAUCUGAAAAGACAUUAGGUAAAAAUAAAAUAAGUAAAUUUCAUGAAAUGUUUGAUUCUACGUGUUUUUUUAAAGGUUUUUCAGAUGCAAUCCUCGCAUCGCAUUUGUGAUCCUCAAUUUUUACUCUUAAUUUAUGACUUUACCUUUGUUGCUGAACCGAUUUCCUUUUUAUAAAUAAAGUUCUGGGAUCAAAUCAGGGAAAAUAAAACAUGUAAUGAGACGAAGAGUAAAAACUUAUUAAUACAUAAGGUGUUUCAGUUGCAAAAUGACUAAAAAUACUUCAAAUAAUUACCGUAAUUUCCGGACUAUAGAGUGCACCUCAGUAUAAGCCGCAGAUAUCUACUGAGAUGAAAACGUAGUUUAACUGAUCGGAACUGAACUGAUCAGUAUCAAACAAAACAGAAAAGUUAUUGAUUAGUUUAUUCAUUGUUCUCCUGCGCACUGAAACCACUGAAGUCAUCAUCUUCUUCAGUGUCGGAGUUGAACAGCCUCAGAAGAGCUUCGUCACAUACCUUUUCUGUGGCAAUGUCAGUGUCGCUCUCCGUGCUGCUGUCAUCAUCCCGGGGUGAAGCUGGGAAAACGAGCAGCGCCGUUUUACUGUGGAGAAAAUCCUCCUGGGCGCUUUCCGUAGCGCUCCUUCAACAUUCCUUCAUUAGACUUUCCAGCAUCCAUCCUUUCUGGUUGACUAAAAACGCACCUCUUUAUAAGCCGCAUGGUUCAAAGCGUGGGGAAAAAGUAGCGACUUAUUGUCUGGAAAAUACGGUAAUCUGUGAUGAGAUUUAAAACUUCAAACCAUUUUAAAAACUUGACUCUUACUAACAAUAUAGUCGAGUGAAAUAUUAAAAUUUGUGUUUUUGGCCUGACUUUUAUGGGUGAUUUGUACACUUUGAGCGUUGUGUAAAAUUAAAUUGCGUUAUUACAGUCUGA